AUGCAAAACAUGGAGGUGGAUCAGAUGCAGAGACAGUACUUGGACUACAUCAAAUCCUUAUUCUUGGAGGGCUUCCUGGAUGGUCAAUUUCUACAACUUCAGCAGCUACAAGAUGAGAACAACCCGGACUUUGUAGUUGAAGUUGUGUCUCUUUUCUUUGAAGAUUCCGAGAGGCUUCUCAAUGACCUUACCUUUGCUUUAGAUCAGAAAGGUAUUGACUUCAAAAAAGUUGAUGCUCAUGUUCACCAGCUAAAGGGUAGCAGCUCAAGCAUAGGGGCUCAGAGGGUAAAGAAUUGUUGCAUUGCUUUCCGCAACUUUUGUGAGGAACAGAACAUAGACGAGUGCCUCAGUUGUCUGCAACAAGUAAAGCAAGAGUACUGUCAUGUCAAGAAUAAGCUUGAAACACUGAUCAGGCUUGAGCAACAGAUAGUGGCAGCUGGUGGAUCAAUUCCAACGAUGGAAUUUAGUUUCUAA